UCAGACUGGAGUAACCUGAGUCUUGGAGACCGGGAUGACUCUGUACUAAGUGCCUUUCAGAAACAAGAUGAAUCUUCUUUGGGUUCUGUGGAUAACAGAUCUGAUCAGGUAUGGUUUGUAUGAAUCAAAUCAAUAAUUUUUUCAUUGUUAAUUAACAGCACGGUAAUACUUCAUUUAACACGCUUGGAUAUAGUAUAAAGGAAUCUUUGGUAUGAUUCUUAUGAUGUAUCAAAGGAAGAUGGAUAGAUAUACAUGUUAAUAAAUUUCAGAAUAGAAAUGAGGAUUACUUUUGUUUCUAUUUGGAAUUUAAUUAUUAAUAUUUAAAAUGUUUUACUCACAGGGAGAGGAUGAUUUUACUAGUACUUUAGGAAUGUAUGAUGGUUACGACAGCUACAACGAAAGUGGAAUUAGUAGUGACAAUGAAGAUAUUGACGAGAAUCUCUUGGAUGAUGAAUUUCUUGAUAAUGACGAAGGGGUCUCUAAAUAUAGGUUCCUUAAUAACAAAGAUGGCAUGGGUACUAUUUUAAUUUUAUUAAAUUAACAUAAAGUACAUUAACAUAUCUGGUAUCUUAAAUUUAUUUUUUUUAAAAACCCUUCCUGAUAAACAGUUACCUGUUUUACUUAAAUAUAAUUACUCUCAAUGUUAUUAUUUUUAAGCACAGGUAAUGAGUAAAUCUGACAUUUAGAAAUUUUGUAAACUUUUUAAUUUUUAGUUGUGUUUUUACUUUUACAAACCCAAUUGUGUAUUAACAACUUCAUUCAUUCCUUCAGCCACUUGUGAACGUUGUGGAUCAGUGGGUGUGAAGCAUGCAUUCUAUUCCAAAUCAAAACGUUUCUGCAGUCUUUCAUGUUCAAGAAGUUUUGCAACCCACCAGCGAGAGGGGAAACCGCUGACUCCCAAACUAACCCUUCCUAAUGCUGUUAAAAAGGUAGGCUAAAGUUAUAUUUUGUUUUUACUUGAAUGCACUGAAAUUAGUCAAUAAAUUAUAUUUUGUAUACCAUUGUCUCAUAUUCCUAGAAAACAAUGUUAAUAGAAAAGGUGACAGUGAUUUAACAAGAUUUUUCUAGCUUUUGUCAUCUCAACAUCCAAAAGAACCAUAAUUCUUGUUUUUGCUUUUGUUUUUCAACCUACUGUAAAUUAAGGUUCUGAGUGUGAAAAAAAAAAAAGGAAGUUGUUAUUGACUUAGCAGAAACUGAUUUGAAAUACUAACGUAUAAAAAAAUAUAUCCUGUGGUGUAUGAAAAAAUGUGUCUUUUGGAAAAUUACUAAUUUAAAUGCUAUUGGCUGGUCACAAAGGUUUCUAAAUUGUUGUUCAAGGAAAUAUUGCAAUUCACAUUAAUUUAUUUUUUUUAAAUUUUCCACAGGGAAAGCCAGGGUCAAAAAAAGUUAAUUCUAAAAAUCAAUCAGGCUUAUUAAAGUCUUCCUUGCGUGGAGGUGAAUAAUUUUAUUAUCAUUUGUUGUACUAAAAUAUAGAUAUGCUUAACAUACUUAUGCCCUUGCAGAUUCUUCAAUCCAUAACCAGUCAUUAAAGCAAAGUUUAUCUGUAUAAUGUCACAUCACAAUUUCAAUUUAUAAAACAAUAAAUAUUUCAUUUUAAAAUAAAUUGUUUAACUAUUUCAUUUGACAUGAAAUAAUAGAUUAAUAUAAUGACAUACAAGACAUUUUUAGGUCCCUAAUUUUCAUUAGAUAGCAAGCAUUGAUUGCUCUUGUAAUUUGUUCUUUUUAAACUACAAAAUUUUUCAAAUGUUUUGUUCAAAGAAAGAAUAAAAAAAGACUUGAUAAAAAAUAUAAUUUAAAAUUGACCUAAUAAAAUAAUACUUCUGUUUACAUGCAUCAGGUAAGUUGAUUCUCAUUUGAAACUAAUUCCAGAAACUGGCAGAAUAUUUGAUUGGGGUCCUUAUUUGAUGAGCACACAAGCAAAUGCUGCUUCCGUUUCUUGCUUCAAACAUGCAAGUUUAUUUUAACUUGUUAUUUUACCUCCAAAUUAGUUAAUAUAUAUAAGUUAUUGAGUUAUUCAGAAUUAAUUAAUUAAAAAUAAAGAUGUUAUUUUUUAACUUGAGAGGUUUGUUUGGAUUGUGUUAGCGUACAGAUUAUAUGUUAUAACUAAAUGUAUGUUGCGUUUUUUUUCUUGUGAGUGUUAGAAAGAAUUGUUAAGAAGAGGAAUUUAAUUAAUGAAAAUAAUUUGUCAUAAAUUAAUUUUACAUAAGGUACCAAUGCAUGAUUGCUGGGAGCAAAUGGUGGAUGGGGUUCUCGUUGAAGUGCCUAACACAGACCUUGAUAUUGGCAAAGACAUCAAAGUUUACUGGAUUGCCACUGUUUUAAAAAUCUGUGGUAAACUAUAUUUGUCUAUAAAUAAGCUUUGCAAUAUUUUUACUAUGAUUAACUUAAAAUCAUUCCUCUUGUUUCAUAAUUAGAGAAGUAUUUUAGGCUCAAAUUAUUAUAAUUUGAUUUAUCUUUUGUUUUUUCUUCCUUUUAUCUUUUAAUAUUUAUAAGGUUACAAAGUCCUAUUGCGCUAUGAAGGAUUUGGGGGUGAUGGUUCCAAAGACUUUUGGGGUAAUUUAUUGUCAGAAGACAUGCAUAAUGUGGGAUGGUGUGCAACAUAUGGGAAAAUGUUAGCUCCUCCUAAAAGUAAGUAGUCUUCAGUUUUUUGUUUCAUGGUAGUUUGAAAUAUGUUUUCAUUUAAAAGAUGUAUAAUUAAGAAAAUUUAUCUUAAAAGACAAGAGAAUAUAGUGUUAUUAUAGUUGCAGUUUCUCUGUCAUACUAACAAAUUAAAAAUGUUAAAUUCUCACAAUAUUUGAAGUUUCCACAUCUGGUUCUUUCAGGUAUUAAAUAUUGAACAAAAUAAUAAUUGAUUAUAGUCAAAUUGUCUGUCUUGCUUACAGAAAAUCUUGGAAACAAAAGCAGAGUAAAAAAUGUAUCUUGUUCCUAAAGCAUAAUCAGAUAGAUACUGCUUUCUUGUAAAUGUAUGUAUAUUUUACAACUAUCUCUACAGCAAUUAAAGAGAAAUAUGCCGAUUGGAAGGAGUUUUUAAUAAAAAGAUUAACUGGAACUCGCACAAUUCCUCCACAUUUUCAUUCAAAGGUAUAGAUUAGUUUUAAACUGGUUGUUUUUAUUUCGUUAUUUUUUUGUUUAAAAUUUUUAUCAUGCUUUGAGUUUAAGGAAAAUAUUUUCAUUACCCAAAUUAGGGACCUACUAAAUAUAAUAUUUUUUAUGGGUAAUAAAAGAUCAAACAGUUUUGUUGCAAGUCCUCUUACCUAUUUCUAAUGGAUAGCAUGCUAUUUUUAUCCACAGGCCCAGGAAUGGUUGCAGGAUCAUAAGCUAAAAUUUGGGAUGCAACUAGAAGUUGUUAAUAAAAUGUGUGUGUCUGCUAUGAGAUUAGCUGCAAUUAAAGACAUAAUUGGUUGUAGACUGAGGCUCAAUUAUCUUGACAGCAAAGUAAGUUCUAAUUGGUAAAAAUAGUAAAAAAGUAAUUAUACAUUAUUAUGUUUAUUGUUUAUGUUAAUUAUCAUAAGUGUUAUAUCUUAGAUCAACAAGCAUUUUUUCAAGAGUUUGAUUGGAGGAGAGCAUGAAAAAGACCAAAAAACUAUUUUAAAAGUUCAUCAGUCAUUUUCUAAAAAUAAAAUUCUUGUUUCUCAGGAUGAAAUUGAUGAAUUUUGGUGCCAUAUGACAUCUCCACUGAUUCACCCAGUGGGGUGGUCACAAACUGUUGGUCAUAAACUCCAUGCCUCUCAUGGUAAUUUAUUUUAAUAGUAGAGAAUAUUUAUAAAAAAUCAUGUCUUUAAAUAUUGUUGGCAAUAAACUGCACACAAAUUUGAAAUGUAGAGUUAAAAAGUAUUAUUUUAUUUAUGUAGAAUAUAAGAAGUCCUUAAAAAUGGUCUAUUAUUGUAUUGCCGUUUCUCUUCAUCUAUUAAUAUUAUCUUUAAUUAUUUAUAAAUGUUUAUAAGAAAAGUAUUACGGUAUUUUUUCAUUAUUUAUUUUCUUUACUGUUUUGUUCAUUAUUUAUUUUCUAACAGAAUAUAUAAAUUCUUGCUUGAGCAAAGUAACAAUGCAAAAAUAUAGCCCUAUUGAUGCAACACCUGACAUGUUCCCUAAGGUAAUUUUUUUUUCUAUUCUGUUAACAUCAGUAGAUUAAUAUGUUGCAGCAUUGAUAAUUAUUACCUAUUUAGUCUUGCAAAUGUUCCUGCGGUAGUAGGCUAGAAAACAGUAAUUCCAUUCAAAACAGUGUUGAUGAUGACGCAUUUCCUCUUUACAAGCAUGAAUGCUGGGCGCUGGGUAUUACCCCAACUUAGGGAAAUGCUUUGUUAUAAAUUUGUUUUUUAUUUUAAAGAAAACAACAUUAAUUUGGUAGUGCAUGGCUCAAAGACAAGUAUCUGCAAAAUAUGAAAUUGUUAUUUUAUGUGGUUUUGAAAAUUUAAUUAGUUUUAAGAUUUGACUCGUGUGUUGAACAAUAUGUAACAAAGGACUGAAAACCAGUAUUCAAAGAUAAAACAUUACCAAAGCUAGUUAUGCUAACAAUAUUCAAUUUAAUUGUACUAUUACAUUUAUAUAAAAAUACAAAAUCAAAUAUACAGAAAUUAUAACUGUAUUAACUUUCAGCACAGCAAGUGAAAAAUAAAAUCCUAGACAGAUACAAAUAUUAACAUCCACACACAAAGAAAGAGUACAAUUAUCUCAUAAAUGUCCAGCAAAAUUAGCAAAAUCUCUCCUAGCUUGGAAAGCUGUCAGUUUAUUUAUAGGGAGUGAGUUGGAAGCCUCCAGAAAAGAAAUUCUUGAAAUUGAAUCAUCCGAUGGCAUUCUUUAGAAUGUAUUAAAAAAUAAACAAUCUGGUGAACACUUCAGCUCUAUGUUGAAGUAAAAUUAGGUGAAGAGACAGACUAUAAACUUUACCAAUAGAAUUUCCUGAUAAAUUAAAACUUAGUUCAAGGCAUUUAUUAUUAUGAAAUGUUGUUUUAAAGGAUAAGUAUGUUAACACAUAACACUCCCCAAUUAUUUUUUUUUUGCUUCAUUAAAUUUGGAGGAAAUAGGCUUCUAGGAUAGAUCAAGGGGAAAUAAUUUUAUACCAAUAACCAUGCAACAUUAAUUACUGUAUAAAACACUUUAUUCUGCUCUUUCAGUGCAGAGAUCCUCCUCAUGGUCUUGCCUUUCAAGUUGGAAUGAAGUUGGAAGCCAUUGAUCCCUUGAACUUGUCUGCAAUAUGUGUGGCAACAGUCAUGAAGGUAUGUUUUUUCACUUUUAAACUUUCACUACUUACUACUUUGGUACUAGUUUUCUGUGUUGCUCAGUGUCCUGGGUAUAUUAGUGCUAGAGCAAUCAUACCAUUUCGUCUUGAUACAUGAAAAUACAAUUUUUUUAAACAUUUAGAAGAAAAAUUUAGGUAUGCAGCAUAAAAAAAAUGUUAUUUAAUUUAUGCUUGUAUUUAAGGAGGUAGAAAGCUCUCUUGAAGAUUUUACUUGGGAGUUCAAAGGCUUGAUCAAUUUAUUGCAAAUGAUUUUUACUCUUUUCAAAGGUUCUUCGAAAUAAUUAUUUGAUGAUCGGGAUUGAUGGAUCAAUGGCUGAAAAUGGAAGUGACUGGUUCUGUUAUCAUGCUACCUCGCCAUGUAUUUUUCCUGUGGGUUUCUGUGAAAUCAACAAUUUGGAAUUAACUCCUCCCAGAGGUAACCUUCAUCUUUUUAAAUUUAUAUAAUUACACUCAGUUAGCCCUUGAACUUUUAAAACCCUGAGCUCCUGGACCUUAAAUACCCAUUCCCUUGGACUCCAUUGAAACAUUUAUACAGUCAGACAUGCAGACAAAACAAAAUUCUAUAAUUAUGAAUUAAAUGAGUUUAUUCAUUCAAUCUAAAUUUGUCUGCUACUAAUCUAUUAUUAUGAAAUGGAUGAAAAUAAUUGUCUAGGAAUCCUUCUAGCAUGGAGGAAAAGGAGGGGGGGGGGGGGGGGGGUGUAUUGUGUUUAAGGAUGACAGCUUUCAGGCCCCUGGAUUAGGGAGGGACAUUUUUGUUUCUUUUAAAACAAAAGCAAACAAUUUACUGUACCAUGGGGCAACAGGGUAUACAAAUUAUUUUAAAAUGUUAUCACUUCUAUAAGAAUGAUCCACACUUUUAUAUAUUCCCCUUGUCUUUCUCCUAUCUAAUAUAUUAUAUAUGGCCUGUGUGAAACGGAAAGGGUUUGUUUGUGUUUGUUAUUUCUUUUACCUGUCAUAAUUUUACAGAUUGUCUAACAGGUACAAAAGGACCAUUUAAAUGGUUUGACUACCUGAAACAAACAAGGUCUAUGGCAGCUCCAGUCAAGUUGUUUGAUAAGGUGAAAUAAUUUAAGCAUCCUUACUAAAUUCUAAUUCUAUGAAAAUUAGACAAACAAGAAAGGACACCAUCAUACUAUAACCUUCACAUAGCCUUCUUUUUGUGUUAUAGAGUUUUGUAUUAAGAGUUACCUGGUAAUAUUAUUAACAACUUUAAACCACCACCUUUCCACAAGAGUUUCACCAAGCACUAGUUUGUUAAUGUCUUUGGAAAACAUGGUUGCUUAGGUGUAGCUCUCCAAUUGAAGUUGAAGGUAUUGUUCAUAAGCUUGCAGGGAUGCACACAGUCCACACCUCACUUACACAAGGUGGCAGCAGUAACUGUAAUCAUGAUUCCCCCAACUAUCUGUUAUUAUGCUUUUUUUGUCAUGCACUGAACUAAAUAAAGCCCCUUUUACUGUUCUGUGAUUAAGUUUGCUUAAAUAAAAAUUAUUGUCGUAUGUGUGCAAAUAUCACACAUAUUAAAAUAUUAUUUGUUAGUUGCCCAGUAAUGAAAAAGUUAGCACCUUAAUACCUGUCUUUUUUUUUUUUUUUUUUUAAAGACUAUUAAAUGUCCAAUGUCAGCUCUAUAACUUAAGUUAUUUUAUAUGUUUACUCAAUGUUAGAAAUUGUGUGUCAUGAGUUUAUAGAUGCACACAAAUUCAUGUGAAUAAUUCUUUUUCUAGGAAAUCCCAAAACAUGGUUUUAGACCAGGCAUGAAGGUGGAGGCUGUAGACUUAAUGGAACCAAGGUAAAAAUCCUAUAUAAGGCUGAACAUUUUUAAUCAUUAUUAUAAUAAAAUAUAUGAUUAAUUUUUUACUACCAAAAUGCCUGAUAAAAUUAGCUAGACUACUACUUUAAGUUACAGUUUAACUAUAUUUAGGUACUGUAUGAUAUCUAUUAUUUAAAAAAUAAAAGCUGCUAAUAAAAUUUGUUUCAUAUUCCACUAGGUUUGCUUAUACAAAUAACAUUUGUUGACCUUCAUAGCACAUUUUUAAACUUUAUUCAGCACUUAAGUUUUUAAGGCAUGCUAUCACUUGUACCUUGAAAAAAUAAAAAAGGUUAUCAAUUUUUUACACACCUAGAAGUACCUGGAAUACAGCGAGUUACCAAGAAUAUAUUGUCAUAAAAACUUGAUAUCCUGCAGUUAUGUAGAGAUUUAAAACAUUAUUUUGUGGGUCAUUUGGCAUGUGUCUAUUUAUAGUAAAUUGAGUGGACUUUUAUUACAACCGAAUUUUAUAUUUAAACAAUUUUUAUUCAGGCUGAUAUGUGUAGCCACAGUUACAAAAGUGGUAGGAAGAUUGUUGCGAAUUCAUUUUGAUGGCUGGGAGAAUAACUAUGAUCAAUGGAUAGAUUGUCAGAGCCCAGAUAUUUAUCCUGUUGGUUGGUGUGAGGUUAUGAAACACAGCCUAGAGGGACCGCGGACGAGAUGUAAGUUUAUUUAGCUAUUCAUAUUAUAUUAUCUCUUAUUUUCUGAUGUAUUUAUUUGUUUCUAGUUCUAGCUUGUAGCAAAAAUAUUUUACCAUUUUAAAGUUGACCCUGAGAUAUCCACCAGACGGUAGUUAAUAUCCUAUAAGUAUAAGCUUGUCUGUAACUAAGCUUGCGGAAGACACACUUUUAGUGCCCUUUUCUUUUGUUUUGCUUGGAAGAAAUUUUAUUUGUGUGAUAAUAGUUAUAUGAUUAAAUACAUCUUCCUCAGUGGAAAAUACUCAACCAAGCUCAGCUCCAAUGAAUGCAAGGAAACGAAAAGGAAAGACACAGAUCUACAGAGGUCCCAGAAAGAGUUGAGUUUAUUUUUUUUAAAGUUAAUAGUUCUGUUCCUCAUGAACAUUUAGUUCUUAACACUUCCUUAACGAUUUCACUUGACCUAGAUGCAGAACUUACAAUUAAAAAUGUUUGCCGGUAUAUUUCCAUUGGUCUCUCUUAUAAUACUUUAAUGGGCUAUUAAUUAUCAUGUACAGUUAAGUUUUAUAAACCAUUACACUUAAACAGAGGAAUAAUUAUAAGAUAUUUACCCCCUUCCUUUCCCAUUAGGAAUAUUUGUAAAAAAAUAUGGCUCUUUUUUUUUUUUUGUGGCUUAUCCCAUUCUUGCUUACACCACUGCUAUGCGUCUCCAUACGAUACUGUCUACCACUGUAGCAUGUACCAGUUACUGAAGUAUGUUUGUUCUAGGCACCUGGCAACCCAAUUCCCAUACUACAAAAACUUAUGUCUAUUCUCACAAGAACAAAACUCUUUUUUUUUUCUUUUUUUUUUUUGAAAGAAAUCUUUCCAUUUUUAUUUGUAUCUUCUUUGGUUAAAAAUUUGUGUUCAAGUUCAAAGUUCAGCAUGGCUUUCCAAGCUCAUUAAAGUUGAAAACAUGACUAGCAGUUUAGAAGACAAAACAAUAAAGAAAAUCUAUGUAGAAUCUAUUGCAAUUAGUGUAGAAGGCAAGUAGAAAAUACAACCGUGCAAGUGGUAUGCGACUGUGACAAUAUUCUAGGCACCUGGCAACCCAAUUCCCAUACUACAAAAACUUAUGUCUAUUCUCACAAGAACAAAACUCUUUUUUUUUUCUUUUUUUUUUUUUGAAAGAAAUCUUUCCAUUUGUAUUUGUAUCUUCUUUGGUUAAAAAUUUGUGUUCAAGUUCAAAGUUCAGCAUGGCUUUCCAAGCUCAUUAAAGUUGAAAACAUGACUAGCAGUUUAGAAGACAAAACAAUAAAGCAAAUCUAUGUAGAAUCUAUUGCAAUUAGUGUAGAAGGCAAGUAGAAAAUACAACCGUGCAAGUGGUAUGCGACUGUGACAAUGGGUAUAUCCUGUAACCCUGAAAUUGUAUCAAUGGUCAACGUCAAAAGUUUGAAAUAAAAAAAUUUUCCUCAAAAUCUAAAUAACCCUAUUUAAAAUAGACUUUUCAUGUUUUCUUUCUUAAGGCAUGCAAGUUUAAAAAUUGGUUAAGCAGGACUAAUUUUAAGAAUUUAACUUUUAAGAAAGAAUAAAAAAUUAAUUCUGAUAGUGAUUAUUAUAGAAUUUGACUUUUUUUAACAGUUUAUGCAUGGCUUUCCUUCAGUAAUUAAUUUAUUUGACAGAAUCAUUUAUAAUUUAUAUGACAUACUGAUUUCUCGGUUUUAUUACUAAGCAGUUAAUAUUUAAAUGGCUACAAAUUUAUUUACAAAAAAGAAAUUUGAUUCUAGAUUAUUUGGGAUAGAAUUGUAGUUUAAUUUUUUGUUUCUUAUAGAGAGAAGCUCUGGAUCUGACAAGAAAGCUAAAGAUCCUUCCAAGUUUUCUCCAUCAGCUUAUUCAGCUAUUGGUGGAAUGGGAAGCCGAUAUCAAUCCUUCCAAUCUCUUCCAUCAAAGCUAAGUGAUCCAGCCUUUCCACCCCACAAGAUGCUCUCUCCAGAAGCUGUUGCAGCAACUCUGUUACCUCUGCAUGAACACGAUAUUGAGGGAAAAGUUGUUUCAGGUUUGUUUGGCUGUUUCUUUUGUUGAAUUUUGCCUGCUAUAAUAAUUUGCAAAAGAAUUAGGCUUAAUUUACCUAUAGUGAUUCAAUAAAUUCAGCUAGUGAGUCUAUCUAUAAUGGCCAUAAAAAUUGCUAACCUUAAAGUUAAUUAAUUAAUUUUUUGCAAGAACAAAUAUUUUUAAUGAAAAAAACCUUUUGUCUGUUUUAGAAAAAUAAAAUGUAGAAUGGAGGGGAAAGUUGAAUCAUUCGAAAUAGAUGUUGGUGUGUGCUAAAAAUAACUGAUUAUAUAUUGGCCUUAAAUGUAAUUGUAUAUUUAGACAAAAGUCGUAAAUAUUUUUCUAAUUCCUAUAGAGCUAGUAAAAAUAUCUAUAUUUUUCAGUUAAAACUGAAGAAAUUGCAAGCCCCACUCCAGCAUCAGAUGCCAAUCCACCUAUUCUCUCUCCGCAUGGGAAAAUCCCACAAGGAUUUUCCCAAGAACUUGCAGAACGCCUUAAGUCUAGUACACCUUUGAAAUCAUCCAUUGCAAGUGUGAACAGCAGCAAUCUGUCUGAAAAAGCAGCUAAAGCUGGUACAGUUCUCAACAGCAACAUGAGCUCUGCUCCUGAGAAAGAGUCAAUGGAAUCAAAAUCUAAUCGUAUAGCCUCCUCAUCCUCAAUGACACUAGAUGAAUCUGAAGAGACAGGCGGUGUUAUUGUAUUGACUUUGUCAUCACGGCUGAGAUCAUUACACCUCGGCAAAUGGAGCCUCUCUGAUGUUGUGGAUGUUCUUAAAGUAAAUGGCUGUGCUGUCUAUACACACAUCUUUAUUAAGAAAGUAAGUUUUUUGGGGGGGUUUUUUCAAAAAAAUUUAUUAUUACUAGAAUUUGAAUAAUGUACCAUACCAGGUAUUGAAAUAUGUUGAAAUCUGUAAUUGUAAUCAGAUCUGACUAAUCUUCAGACUUAAGAUUAUAAUUAUUGUUUUAGGGAUAAAUUUGCAUUCAUUUCUUUUACAUUUUAACAGAGGUUUACAAUAGCAAAAGGUCAUGUAAAUAUUAACAUGAGUUUGAAUAAGCUUUUUUUUUUUUUAAAUGCAAAUUUUAUGUGUACCGGGGUAUACCCUUACAAUACCAGUACAAUAUUAAUUCUGGAAUGUACUGUAGCAGAUUUACCUUUAAAUUAAUAGAUCUUGAUCUUCUGAAAUAACUUACUGGUUGUGAGUUUAUUAGAGGUACAUUUGCUUUGAUUUAUACAGAAUUAAAAUACAUAUUUUUUCUAUUUUAGAAUCUUGAUGGUGCUAGCCUUUUGGCCAUGUCAACUGAUCAGUUAACUAAACUUGUUAACGUUGUAGAUGGGCCUAUUCUUCGUCUCUGUGAUUUAGUGCAACAAGUCAAGUCAUGUUCAGCCAGCCUAAAGGAUGGCGGGGACAGCAAAACUCCAUAGCAGAAAGAUUAUUUAUGCUUUCCUAUUAAUUACAGUUACAGUUUUAUUGAUAAAUUAAUGUUAUCAUCCGAAUCCAACAGAGAUGUUUCUUCUUUAUUAUUGAUAUAAAUGUGUAACUUUCUUAAGUUAGCGUAGAUUAUAACUACUACUAAUUAAUUUAACUAAAUAUAUACGCUACUCUUACCCUUAAGAAUAAUUUUCAUAAAUAAGAACUAAUUUAAUAUUUUGUACUAAUACUUCUAAUAGUAAUUCUAAAAACAGAUUCUAUAUCAUUUUCAUAAAGUAAAGGUGCAAGUACUGGUAACUCUUAUUCUCAUGAGGGCCUUUUUCAUUUUUAAAUUAAAUAUUUCAUGUUCAUCUAUACAUUUCUGUCUCAAGAUGUGUAUUGGUUUCAUUUGUAAAUGUCAUAUUGAUACAACAGUGCCUCAUUAUUGAAUUCAUUGUAUUUGUUCUGAUAACAGACCUGUUUACCCUCCAACUCUUAAAAUCGUACAAUAUCCUCACAAAAUUUCAAUGCAUUAUCUGAAUAGUAAAAAAAACAUACAGUAUAUAUAAUAUAUAGGCCUCAAAAUCGUACAUUGUACGCCAAUAUCGUAAGAGUAAACAGGUCUGUGAUGAUUUGUUAUUUAUGGCAGUGUUUCUCAAAAAUAAAAUUUAAACCUAGUCUACAGUGAUACAAUUUCCAUUUCUGGCUUAAAUAACUUAAUAUUUAGUAUGGUAUGGUAUCAUCCCUUGUGUAAAAUCAUGUUUAUUUUUACUAGUAAUUUAUUUAAAAAUCUUUCAUUCUAAGGUGUUUAAAAAAAAAUAAUUUUUUUGAGAUAUUUCACAUUUUAAAAUUAUUUUUAUUUCAUGCACAAAUUACUUCUUUACUCACAAGGGAUGAUGAUAUAUUAAAACCAUUUAUGGAAACAUUCAAAUAUUGCGUAGAAGUGUGAAAGUGAUAAGAAAGGAAUGUUAAAUCUCAUAAUACAUCAUUUUUAAAAUUCUAAUUUGAGAAACACUGUUUAUUCAAGCUAACUGGCAUUUAAAGGGAGAAACUACUAUAAUUUUAGUAUAAGCACCUAAAAGAAGAAGCUAAUGCCACACUAAAAUUUGUCAAAAUAUUGGUGACCAUAUCUGGGAUAUAUCUUGCUAUAAUUACAUUGUGAUAAAUUAUUAUUGUAUGAUGGUGCAUAAUUUGCAUUUAGAAUUUAAAAUAAAUUGAAAUACAUUAUUUACAUGUAAUGUAACAUGUUCCUGUCCCAAAAUGGUGAGAUUUAACUUAAGAAUUAUAUCUCUACUUGGUAUUCUGAACAGUAAUAAAAUAAACUUACUUUUGAAACAAAUUAUGGGUAGUUAUUUAUUGUAUACUGGGAUCAAAAAAGAAAUGAAUGAGGUAGGUUUUAUACCCUACCUAAAUAAAAUAUUUUUAAAAACAUUUUUUAUAAAUAAAAUUUAAAUGUAAUAAAUUUGCAAAUAAUAAUAAUGUUCACUAUGA